GAAAACUCAAACCGGAAGUGAUUCUGAAGGUUUGCCUCACAGGUAGCUAGCUAGCUAGUUUGUUUUUACUUCGGCUACAGCUGCUAGAUUAGACCUUGUAUUCUGCUGCUGACGAGUUUGACACUUUGAUAUGUAGCUGUCAGAUUGUGAGCAGCGCUAGAAAGAAGCAAAACAGCCUAACACCGAGGUCUGGUUCAGUUUAUUUGACCGUAAAACCUCUGAAACCUCGCCCAUUAGCUUACUGUUAACCUUCUUAGGCUGAUCUGCAGCUAGCCGCUCACUCACAGCGAGCUAGCUUUACUACACUGCCACUUCGAGUGAUGCAACUGAGGUAAAUCCACUCUUGAAACAACACGAUGGCAGGUUCCCAGUGGGAGCUUCCCCCAGAGCUCUGUUGUCGGCCCAUGGCCUUUGUGGCUUUAACUGGCCUGGAUGUGGUGUUCAAUGCUGUGCACCGGGCCAUAUGGGACGCCUUCUGCGCUAACCGACGAGCUGACAGAGUUCCCAUCUCUUUCAAAGUCCUCCCAGGAGAUCACGAGUACCCCAAAUGUCGCACUAAGAGGACGUCGUACGAAUGGUACAUUCCUAAAGGCAUCCUGAAGACAGGCUGGAUGAACAAACACCUGAACUUGGUUCCAGCUCUGGUUGUUCUCUUCUAUGAACUGGACUGGGACGACCCACAGUGGAAAGAGAAACAGUCUGAAUGUGCAACCAAAGUGGAGAUUGUCAGGACCAGUCUUCAGGGCAGGAACACCAAGGUGGCUGUGGUUCUAAUCCAGAAGAAAACUCCUCUUCCUCCAGGAGAGGACCUGGUGGCAUCAGAGCGAGCUGCAGCUCUUUGUAACGCCUGUGAUCUGUCUGGAAAGAGUCUCUUUGUGCUGCCACACACCGACCACUUAGUGGGCUACAUUAUCAGGUUGGAGAAUGCUUUCUAUGAACAUGCGCAGACGUACUACUACACCGAGAUCCGUCGAGUCAAAUCCCAUAAAGAGUUCCUGAACAAGACCACACACCAGCUGCUGUUUGUCAGACACCAGUUUAAAAUCGCCUUCUUCAGCGAGCUGAAGCAGGACACCCAGAAUGCUCUGAAAUAUUACAGGACUGCAUACAGCCUGGUUCAUGAGCUCAGAGCUCACGAGACCAACAUGUUGGAGAUCAAAACUAUGGCUGGGUUCAUCAACUAUAAGAUCUGCCGUCUGUGUUUCCAGCACAACACUCCUCUGGACGCUAUAGCUCAGUUCAGGAAGCACAUUGACCUGUGCAAGAAGAAGAUCGGCAGUGCUGAGCUGGCCUUCGAACACGCCGCAUGGAUGUCCAAACAGUUCCAGUCGUUUGGAGAGCUGUUUGACGAAGCGAUAAAGUUGGGUCUGACCGCCAUCCAGACACAGAAUCCUGGUUUCUACUACCAGCAGGCGGCCUGUUACAGUCAGGACAGGAAACAACAAGCUCAGCAGCUUUGUCAGGCUGGAGCGAGUUAUCCCUCCCUCGAACCACUGGAGACUCAGAGUGGAGGACUGGACUUCUACGGUCAGAGAUCCUGGAGACAAGGACACCAGAGCAUUGAUCCUCCUGACGCAGAGAAGGAGAAGAACGGGAUUCUGGUCCUGCAGAUUAAAGAGAGAGACGUUCCACAUUCUGAGCUGAUAAUAGCACUUCUCAGUAACGCUGUGGCCCAGUUUAAGAAGUACAAGUGUCCUCGAAUGAAGAGUCACCUCAUGGUGCAGAUGGGUGAGGAAUACUACCACGCUAAAGACUACACCAAAGCCUUAAAGCUGCUGGACUACGUGAUGUGUGACUAUCGCACAGAGAGGUGGUGGGGCCUCCUGACAGCCAUCCUGACCACAGCUCUGCGCUGUGCUUAUCUGAUGGCCAGUGUAAAAGACUACACCAUCUACUGCAUGGAGCUGCUGGGCAGAGCUUCAACCUUGAAGGAGGAACAGAAGUCGAGGAUCGAGAAGAAUCUCCUUAAAGUGCUAGCGAAUGAAGUCCCUGAUGCUGAGCCGGACUGUGAUCCGUCCUCCGUCACUGCAGCCAGGUCACUGUGGAGCGACCGCAUGGCUUUGGCCGGAUCAAACUUGCUGACUGUAGAAGUGCAGGACUACAUCCCUUUCAUCCAGUGUAAGGCCAAGUUCCAGUCCCCCAGCUUUCAUGUAGACCAGCCGAUCCAGCUCCAGGUGUUCCUCCGAGCCGACUGUCCUCAUCCGGUUUCUUUCAACAAGCUGGCCGUCAGCCUCAGCAACCAGGAGUACAACCAGUGGUGUGUGUCAGAGUCCUCAAGUCAGGAGAGUAUGACCCUGCUGCCGGGAAAAACCAAAAGCUUCAACUUCAGCUUUGUUGCAAAAACUGAAGACGUUGGCAAGAAGAUCGAGAUGACAGGUAUCCUGGUGAUGCUAGGUAGCGACCGGGGCCGCUGUGUAUUUGUGACCUGGAGAGGGGCAGGCGGAGACGCGGCCUCUACCCAUGAAGCCUUGCAGGCAAGCAGGUCUUCACGUCGAUGGGGGCGGGGCAUUGAGGCACGUCAGGAGCCGGACUGGGACAGCCUGACUGUGCAGCACAGCACCAUGAUCAUCUCCAGAGUCCCAAAGAUCACUGUUCAGCUGAGCCACCAGCCGCCUACUCUCCACAAUGAGAUGUACUGCAUCAGCCUCACUGUCCAAUCACAAGAAGAGGGUGUGGCAAAGGAUGUCAAACUGACUGCUGGGCUCAAACCAGGUCAAGACGCCAAUCUAGGCCAGACCACUCAUGUGACGCUUGACGGCUCAACUGUUUGUGACGACUCUGCUCCCGCCCUGCUCCCUGACGUUCCUCUGGAAGAUCUGAAACCAGGAGAAAAGCUGGAAAAGUGUGUAUAUGUGAAGUGUGAGUCCUGUGGACCGAGGAUCUUCCUGUUCCAUGUGGCCUACAGCAUCGACACCAUGGUGGAAGGACGACAGAUUGUCUGCAAAUGUCACAAGGAUGAGACGGUUACCAUAGAGACAGUGAUCCCGUUUGAUGUGUCUGUCAAGUUCGUGUCCACCAAGUUUGAGCCAUUGGACCGGGUAGCGGUGGACAUCCCCUUCCUCCUGAUGACGGAUAUCUCGUCUUCAUCUCCGUGGCCUCUGCAGCUGGUCUCUUCCUCUCUGGAGCUGCUCACUGUGACCAGCAACACACCUCAGCUCCAGUCCCAGAUCCAGGAAGUGGUUCUGCAGACUGGCGAGUGUGCCAGCGAGUGUUUCUGUCUCCGCUGUCCUCCACAGACAAACAGCAACAGCACUGUGGCGACUGGACAGUACCAGAUCUCAUGGAGGAGAAAAUCGUUGAGUGCAAACAGUCCUCUGAUCCAAACUACAGUCACUCUACCUCACAUCAUCCUGGAGUCUGUCCCUCUUUACAUCCAUGCCGAGUUGCCAUCAUUUGGACGGGUCAGAGAGUCUCUCUCCGUCCGUUACCACAUAGAGAACAGAACCGCUCUGGUACAGGAGGUGGAGAUGGCUGUUGAACCAUCGGAUGCCUUUAUGUUCUCCGGACUCAAACAGGUGCGUCUGCGUAUCCUUCCAGGCUCCGAGCAGCAGAUGUUGUACAACUAUUACCCGCUGAUGGCCGGUUAUCAAACACUACCACAGCUCAACAUCAGCCUGCCACGCUGCCCGACCACCAACACAAACUCACUGAGACGAUUCCUGCCACAGCGCAUCUUUGUCAAGCCUCAAGGUCGUCAGCUGGAUGACGCCUCCAUCGCUGCAGCUUGAGGGAGAAACAAAACGUUAACUGUAAAUAUGAAGAAUGAGAAGAAAACGACCUCGUGCAGGCGAGGUUGUUGUAGAUGUAAGAUAUUUGACAGGCGACAAAAUUAACACUAUUUCUUCCACACUGAUCUGUAAACAUGAACACCAGGACAACAUCUGUGGAGCAAACAUCAGAGCGCCUUUGUUUUAUGUUCAGAGUGGGUGUGAUGACCUGAUGAUCAUGACAGACCAAUAAUGAAUGAACUGAUACAGAAUGAAAAUCAUGAAGCAUUGUGAUGUGAACUAAGUGCAAAUUUGAGUGUAAUUAAAAACUUGAAUGUGACGACAUUUUAAUUAAACUGAUGUGAUGUAAAA